AUGGCUUCAGAUGCUACCUUCAAGGACUUGAUGAAUAGCAUUUCUUUGGCCUUGAUUAAUACCACUCGGACUGCCAGUCAAAUAUCAAACGAGGAUCUCCCGUUCCAUCGUUCCUCCAAACCCUCAAUUGUGCCUUUGCUUGAGCAACGAAACUCAAGACUUCUCGGCCUUGCCCGGAGCCUUAUAAGCUCUGCAGCCUCAGGCACCGCGGUCACCGACCCUUACGUUGUCAAUGCGGACUCCGUCGAAGAUAAUUGGAAGGAAAUUGUAGAUGUGGUCGACAACCUCCUCGAGAAAGCCGACGCUUGUCUUGAUGAAUACACUGGCGUCAUCAGAAAGUUGAGCCCAACUCAAGAAGAGCAAAUAAAGAAAGCUGCACCUGCUCCUGGGAAGCAAAAGCCUGGCAAAGCUUAUCGCACGCAGAACAUUGCAAAACCUCAACUGUUGUUCGAAAAAGUCCCUACCAACGACGAGACAACUCCAUUCAGACCAUUGCUACGCAUGAAGCCUAAUGCCAUCGUCCCACUUGACGAGAGCCUCAAGCUCGUUGCCGCUGAAGAUGGUUCCACGCAGUACAAUCACCCAUACGAAAUCGAGAUCAGAAAUUCUCAGUAUCCUCUUACCACCCGCGUGAAAGUGCACCCAAUACCUUUCUUGCCGUACGAAUGUUCAGAAGCGACGUUGGUUGACACACCCGAGACAUUGCGUUCCAUGCUGGAAGAACUUAAGUUAGCAAAGGAACUUGCCGUCGACCUAGAGCACCAUGAUGAACAUUCCUAUAUAGGUCUAGUAUCGUUGAUGCAAAUCAGCACAAGAGACAAAGACUGGGUAAUUGAUACUUUGAAGCCAUGGCGGGAGAAGCUUCAGGUGCUCAACGAAGUCUUCACAGACCCGAAGAUACUCAAAGUUUUUCACGGUUCCUCAAUGGACAUGAUUUGGCUGCAAAGAGACUUCGGGUUGUACGUUGUUGGCUUAUUCGAUACUUUUCAUGCGUCGCGAUCCUUGGGGUACCCAAAACAUGGGCUGGCCUAUUUGCUGAAACGAUUCGCCAAUUUCGACGCAGCAAAACAAUACCAGAUGGCGGAUUGGCGAAUACGACCACUUCCGGAGGAGAUGUUCAACUAUGCUCGCUCUGACACCCACUUUCUACUCCACGUCUAUGACAACAUGCGCAAUGAGCUCAUCGAUAGGUCGAACACCUCCCAGGAAGUCGGUGACCUUAUUGAGGUUGUUAUGAAUCGCUCGAAAGAAGAAACGCUCCAGCGUUAUGAGCAUCCAAUAUAUGACAUACACCGUGGGUCAGGACCGAUGGGUUGGUACAACAUGCUCUGUCGUACGCCAGCACUGUUCAACCGGGAGCAAUUCGCAGUAUUUACAGCAGUACACCAAUGGCGAGAUCAAAUUGCCAGAGAGGAAGACGAGAGUGUUCACGUCAUCAUGCCAAAACAUGUUCUUUAUAAUCUUGCCAGAGAGAUGCCUGUCGACAUGCCUACUCUGCUUGGUUGCUCCCAUCCCAUUUCCAAAAGCUUUAAGCACCGCAAAUCAGAAAUACUUGCCGUUAUCAAGAAGGCGAGAAUGUUGGGCCACCAAGGGUCUGAUAUGAAAGAGUUCAUGCAUACAAUGCAGGCUAUGACUGCUGACCGCUUCUCCAAAGUAAACGGGUCAGAGCAAGUAUUUCCAGCACUUGCCACUGCAAAGUUGGCACUCCCGCCUCAGCUACAACGUAAUUUGAGCAGGUUGCCAGCUCAGAGUAGGGAUUCGCGUUUCUGGGGCUCCACCGUUCCAAAUGAUAUGGAUCAAGGAGCAACCGCCCAGGUACCAGGGGAGGGCCUUUGUCUAGCAUUGCCGAUGGCACAACUUACUGCAGAAAUCUUCGAAGAUACAAAUGCAGCCGGCGCAUUUGCUACUGAGCCAUCUAAGACCAGUCCUGGCGCCCGUGCUGAGCAUCAAUACGUGAAGGACAGGAAACCUAAAGCAGAUGAGGUAUUCGUUGUCAAAGAAGCUGGGGAUAGCCGUAAACGCAAGGCAACUGAUUCGUACGAUCCUCCGAAAGCAGCGUAUUCAAGACCCGAAAGCAACGCGGCCAAAAACGCUCAAGAACGCGCUGACGAGGUCGACACGCCUCCCACUAUCGAAAACGAGGGGCAACACGAUCAAAAUUCUAGGGUGUUGAGUGCAACGAAAGAAGAAAAGCGCGCUCGGAGACUUGAGAGUAAGCGGCUGAAGAAAGAGGGGCUUCGAGAGAAAAAAGAUGCCAAGAGUAAGAAGCCUAGAGACCUAGAGCCAAUCGAUUAUGCAGAUGCUCCAUCGGUUUUACAUGCCCAAAGAGACAGCAAUCGGAUGGUGACAGGCAAGGAAAUCAAUCCUUACACCAAAUCGGGUGAUGCUCCCAAGGGAAUGCGAAAGGCAAAGAAGGAGCAAGAAGGCAAAAGCUUUACGUUCAAAGGUUGA